CACCAACAUCAGCUCUAUUUUUAGUGAUACCUAACAACAGGAUAUAAAGGCCGAGUUACCGGCGGUUAUGAUUAGAACGUUGAAAACUUUAUGCCUUUGGCUGCAAGAGGUAUGUCGGAUACAGAAUCUUCUUCAAGUUCGGAACACCUGACUCCAGAAAUGGCUUCAAUGGACAGGUUGUUGCAAAAACAGAGAAGUGAGAUUAUGUAUGAAUUGAGAAGAAUUCAACAUGGGGAGAGGCCUGUAUCUGGCACCGAUAGCAGAGAGCAGUUAGAGAGUUUCUUUGCCAAGAGAAUGAGUGUUGCCUCAAAUGAAAAAGAAAAUGCCCCAGCUAAUGUUGAUAGUGUAGAACAACAUAGGCCUGAGUCUAUUGUUGUAGAAGUAAGUGGAUUGUUUGAGCAAAGAAGGGUAUCAUCCAUUUUGCAGUCUGCACGUUUUAGACAAAAUUUAGAAAAUAUCAUCCGAGGCAGUCUUGGUGGUAUACGCAGAAACGAGCCACGCAGGCAAAGCCCCGCAGAUACCACAGAAACACAAAUAUCUGAACUGAGAAGGGCCCCUAGUCAGACCAGCAUUGUGAGUUCAAGCAGCUCCAGUUCUCAUCCAUCAGAUUAUGGAGCUGCAGCGCCCAGACAGACGGCCCCUAACCCCGUACCACCUGUAAACAGGGCAAGAAUACCACAGCCUCCGCCAGCCCCCAAUUCCUUAACUCAGCAGAAUUCACCGCUGGAAGCACAAGUACAGAGGCAGGAAGUUCAACCACCCUCUGAUAAUCACACAUCAGCACAGCAACAACAGGGGGUACCUGUUGAUGAAAGGUGGAUACAGGAUGCAAGAAUUCAACAACAAGUGAAUACGUGGGGCUUUGAGGAAGAUGUAAGGCAAGAAGCUCUUGUUCAAGAAAUCAGUGAACUUCUUCACCGACAGCUAGUCACAUCUGCAUUGGAAGGAGAUAGUAGGCCAUUAUUGGAGAUGCAUAUACAGAAUCGUUUAGCAAACACUAACUCUGAUGGUCGUGCUGUGCAGCAAUUCAUCCAGGCUUUGCCUCCUGCUCCAGUUCCACGGAAUGACUUCUCACACCUUGGAAUUCCACCACCCCAGGGUCUGUUUGAUAACAUGGAUAACAUCUCUGUUGUUAGUGCCACAACUGUACCAUAUCAGCAGACUAACACCUAUCUGAGCCGUGAAAUGCAGAUAAUGAAAGCACAAAUGGAGGAGAUGAAGAACAUGUUGAAGGUCAGCUUUGAGUUGCAGAUGGACAUUCAGCGGGCCAUUAGACAGGAAGUGUCAGCUGCUCUUGUUAAGGCUUUAGGUUCCACUACAGAGGCACCACCUACUGUCAGAUCUCCCCCAGUGGAUGACUCACGCUGCCUUAUCUGUCUGGAUGCUAAUGCAGAUUCUGUACUUUACCAGUGUGGGCAUCUCUGUAUGUGUCAUCCUUGUGGCUUGCAACUAAAGGCUAGAGGAUCAAACUGCCCAGUAUGCAGAGCUCCAAUCAAAGACAUAAUCAGGGCAUACAAGUGCAAUAAGAAUUGAGCGAAUGAAUGACAGACACAAGUUUUCAACAUGCCUGUGAUCUUUGUACUAGUGGCAUAUGACCAUAUUUAAAUUCUUAAUCAAUUUAAUGGACUCUGCAUCAAGAAAAAAUGUCCAUGCAUACAGAAUGAUAUAUUUUAGAUAAUGAGAGAUUAUAUUUAUUAAUGUCAUUAGCUUUAACUGUUUUAUUUAAUACUAUAUAACUUCACACGGAUGUUUAUAGAGGAUUUAGUGUAGGUAUCAUGUGAACAUAUUUGUGCUAUAUUGCUAUGUAAAGCACAGGAAAAUUCACUACAUUUACAAGUGAUAUGUUUAUCAGUUGCGAAAAAAAAAUUUGCAAGAAUAUUGGUUUUUGUGUUUGUGGUCACAUUUAUGCCCUGUGAUAGGGGUUACAAUUUUAUUUAGUUAUUUAUGUAUUUCAUAGGAUUUUUCAUUGAAACAAUAGUUAACCUUGUCAAAUAUGACAAAAUGUUGACGACACUCUACAUGAUUUGUAUACUGGGCAGAUUGAUAUGGAGAAUGAUCAUGAGUUGUUGACCAUGCAGCAAGUCUACUUCUAUUCAGUUUAGUCUAAUUCAAAGGAGAAGUAGGAAGUGCAAUACCAGAACAGCCACAGGAGCUGAUUAUUACUUGAAACGGAUUCAGAGACCUUUACUCUUGAACUGAAUUCUGUAAUUUUGUGCUAAAUAACAAAUCAUUUGUAAAUAGGCUGGUCCCAUGAAUAGUAUUACAACUACUAUAUUUAUGAAUAAAAAAAAAGAAAUUGUCAA